UACUGUUGCGGAGAAAGAGUGAUAUGGGGUUGAAUUUUAUAUAUAUAGUGGUUGGCUUUUAGGUAUCAUCUCAGCUUCAAUCGUUUGUGAAAAAAUGGCUGAAUCCGCAUUGUGCAAGAAGAAACUGGAUGGCAAGGUGGUCAUAGUCACCGGGGGUGCAAGCGGCAUUGGAGAGGCAGCCGCCCGACUUUUUGCCAAUCAUGGUGCACGUAUGGUGGUGAUCGCUGAUGUACAAGAUGAAGCAGGCCAAAGAGUAGCUGACUCCAUUGGAUUAGAGCAUGCUAUCUACAUCCAUUGUGAUGUUUCGGACGAAGAGCAAGUCAAAUCCAUGGUGGGAUGGACCGUCCAAAACUACACACAGCUCGACAUAAUGCUGAGUAAUGCUGGGGUUGGAAGUAGGUCUGAUCAGACCAUUCUUGAUCUUGAUUUUUCAGAACUUGACCGCCUCUUUGCGGUCAACGUUCGCGGCAUGGCGGCUUGUGUAAAGCACGCAGCGCGCGCGAUGGUUAAUGGGCACGUUAGGGGGAGCAUUGUGUGCACGGCCAGCUUGGCCUCUUGCACUGGUUCUGACAAAUACCUUGAUUACUUUAUGUCCAAGCACGCAGUGCUUGGGCUGGUUCGAUCGGCAAGCAAGCAGCUUGGAGUGCAUGGGAUCAGAGUGAACUGCGUAUCACCGUUUAUAGUAGCAACGCCACUGGUAUGCCAUGUGCUUGGGGUGGAUCCUGAGCAAGCCGAGGAAGUAGAAAAGAUUUUUGAGCCGCAGAGUCCUCUGAAGGGGGUUGUAUUGAAAGAGAAUCACGUUGCCGAUGCACUGCUGUUUCUUGCAUCUAAUGAUUCUGCGUUUGUCACAGGGCAUAACUUAGUGCUGGAUGGUGGCCACCUAAAUAGCUAAAAUAAUCUACUUAAUUCUAAAAAAAUUAAACACAAAGCUUCAAAUGAAUAAAUAACACGAUGUGAUAUUCAUCUUGAA